AUGGACCCGCACUCCAGUCCACUGUGGCAUCAAGCACUGGAAAAGUAUCUCGACGAGCUGCAAGGCGCCGAAGAUUACCGAGCCAUCCAGGAUGUUCAGUCUCUCGAGCAACUCAUUGCUUCAUUUGCCUCGAUCCAGACCACUGCUGGGACCCAUUUCGGGGACCUCUCUUCCCUCAAGAGACUUGCGCCGAGGCUCAAGUUUGUGGACGACUUUUCCGCCGUGCUGGCCUUGUGCUUUGGAGCUGAUGCGGCUCUAACCGCGGCUGUCUGGGGAAGCAUCAGGCUCAUCCUUAUGCACGCGUCCUCAGCCGCAGAGACCCUUCAGGAUGUUCUCGAUAUGCUCGAGGAGCUCAGCCUGACGCUUCCACGCCUCCAAGUCUACGAGCAGACAAUGCCACCGAAUCGACAGCUCCAACAGGCCUUGGUAGACGUGUAUUGCGAGACAAUCUGCUUCUACGCAAGAACCAUACACUUCCUCCGUAGCAAUCCUCACCUGGUCUUGAGGAAGAAUGCGUGGCAAACUUUCCGAAAUGACUUUUCUCACACUAUCAUGCGUAUCAAGCGGAUGUCGUCAACCGUGGAGAGCGAGGCCGACAUGGCACGCAUGCGAGAGGACGGAGUGCGCUACCGGGAGGUCCUAGAGCUCCUCAACGCCAUCAAGAUGGGCAGGACAGACGACAAAGCGCAGACUGGAUACCACAACAUACCCUUCUCUUGCAACGUCAAGUUCAGUGGGCGCGAGCAUAUCCUGGACACGCUUGAAAAGGCUCUGGGACCCAAGCACGUAUCUUCACCCAACUCGAUGGCCUUGUUUGGUAUGGGCGGUGUUGGCAAAACCCAGAUUGCGGUCCAGUACGCGCACCAGAGUCUGGAGCGGUAUGAAGUCAUCCUGUGGGUUGCGGCCGAGAAUGCCAUCACAAUCGGCCAGAGUUUUCGGGUCAUCGCCCAAGGGCUUGGGCUGCUGGGUACCGACGGCGUAUUGGCAGAUGGUGCUGCUGCCAUAUGGAAGGUCAAAAAUUGGCUCAUCACGACCACGACAACUUGCCUGGUUAUUUUCGACAACGCAGACGACAUAAAUACUCUUAAAACGGCAUGGCCGGGAGCGACCAGGGGCCCGGUGUCAAUGUUGCUCACCACACGCGACUUGACCAUUGCCACUACCCUGGCAGCCCAGCAUGAGAACAUUGGUGCCUUGUCUGAUGAAGACGGCAGCAAGUUGCUUCUCAAAGCCGUCGGGCUGGAUUCAGCCUCGUCGACGGAAGUGCAACUUUCCCUGGCCAUCAGCCAGAUGUUUGGCGGACUGCCGUUGGCCCUGGCUCAAAUCGGUGGAUUUAUCACUCAGCGAAGGAUUUCUCUACAGGAAUUCCUACCUCUGUACGAGAGGUAUUCCGCCAAGAUCGAUGCUCGGGGGGCGCCGGGCAGCGACUAUGAGCAUACGCUGAGUACUGUGUGGAACAUCUCCUUCGAGAAGUUGACCAAGACCUCCACCGUUCUUCUCAACUUGCUUUCCUUCCUAAGCCCGGACAAGAUCUCAGAGAACAUCCUGUUGCGAGGCUCUCAUGGUCUUGAUGAUAGAUUCAAGUUUCUAUCCGAUGAAAUGGACCUUGGUGACGCUUCGGAAGAACUUCUACGAGCAGCCCUCAUCAAUCGAACCGGGGGUUCUACGGCCCUCUCGAUCCAUCGUCUGGUGCAGUCCGCAGCUAGAGAGAAGCUCGACGAGUCAGAGAGCGCCGAGUGCUUUGACACUGCGGCUCACAUACUCUGUUGGGGAUUCCCAGAUCACUCGAGCACCGACAUUGGCCAUCAAAGUUUAGCGUGGGCGAGAUGUGAGGAUUGUCUUCCUCACUUCAACUACCUGGUCGAACUUGCGAGAGGUCGCGGGAAGAAUGCAAGCAAUCGACAGAAGUUUGCAGACCUGCUUCUCAGAUGCAGUUGGUAUCUAUACGAACGGGAGGUAUAUAUCAUUGCCAGAGGAAUGGUCGAACAGGCAAUGUCUGCCUUUGACGAUACCACGUCUCUAGCUUACGCAAGCGCGAUUGAUCUUCACGGCCUCAUCGACCUGGAUCUUGCGCAAGCCGCUCGCGCCCUCAAGCCCUUUGAACAUGCCCUGGAAAUACGCAAGGCCCGGCUUGGACCAGAAGACCCUUUUAUUGCCUACAGUCUGAACAACAUUGCGCUUGCAUACACCGAAAUGGGCGAGCUGGAUCUCGCCCACGAAGCACACCAGGAAGCAAUCCGCCUCAGGCUCAAGGCAAACAGCGACCGGAUCGGGAAUUCCUACAGCAACAUGGCGAGUCUUCUCCUUCGCAUGGGUCGUCCAGACGACGCUGAGAAGAUGCUGGCUAGGUGCCCGUCUCUGGUAGAUUUCACCGAUGAAACCUUCCUCAGCACCGGCAACCCUCGCUUCUCCGGAGACAUGGUCUUAUUAUCGCGAAUCCGCCUCUCCCAGGGACGACCGACCGAAGCUUUGCGGCUGGCGUCGAAGGCUCUGGCUUUUCGUCGCGAAUCGCUUGGCAAUCGGCUCAAAACCUGCGAUUCGCAAUACGAUGUUGCCUCUAUGCUGCUCAACGAAGGCCAUACGAGCUCAGCCAUACAACUACUUGAGGAGAUUGUGAGCAUGUCUGAGACCUUUGUCGAAGGCAAAGGACAACGAGCUCGAGCCCUCCAUAAGCUUUCAGCUGUUCUCGCAGACAAAGGCAUGCAGAUUGAAAGUGAAAAAUGCAAAGAGAAGGCACUUGAGCUGCUAGCCGAGCUAAAGCCAGAACUCAAGGAUGCACCCUAUGAGGAGGCUGAGUUUUCCAAACUAUGCCUGUGGAUGCUCUGGUAG